AUGGCCGCCGAGAUCAAGACGCCGCCGCUGCGGGACGACCUGCUCGAGGUCUUUGAGGACGCAGAGAACGGGCUGACGUUUAUGAAGAACGUGUCGAUCCCGCUGCGGACGAGUCCCGGCACCGGCGCCAGCCUGCCCAUCCGCGCAAAUGUCUACCUACCGCUGUCGUCGUCGUCGUCGUCGUCAGACACACAAGAACAUGAAGAAGGCGGGAGGCGGUAUCCGGUGCUAGUCACGUACGGGCCGUACGGCAAAGACAUCCCGUACGCGACGUUCCACGCGGCGUCGUUUGGCGAGGUCGGCGCGGAGCAUCGCUCGCGGUACUCGGCGUGGGAGACGCCGGACCCCGUGUUCUGGUGCCGCGAGGGGUAUGUGGUCGUGCGCGCCGACGAGCGCGGCCUCGGCCAGAGCCCUGGCCUGCUGGACACGAUGAGCCGCGGCACGAGCGAGUGCUUUUUCGAUGUCGUCGAGUGGGCUGCCGAGCAGAAGUGGUCGACCGGCAAAGUCGGCUUGCUGGGCGUGUCGUACUAUGCCGGGUCCCAGUGGCGCGUGGCGGCUCGUCGGCCCAAGGGACUGGCGGCCAUCGUGCCCUGGGAAGGCAUGUCGGAUUAUUACCGGGACCGGUGCAGACACGGCGGGAUCCUCUCCAACCGCUUCAUCAGCUUCUGGUGGAACCGGCAGGUGCUGGUCAACCAGUACGGGCGAGCAGGGCGGUCGAAGCUGGCGUUCCCGGCGGACGGGCCAGGGGCGCGCGGACAGGAGGAAACCAUCGAGGGCGACCUACCGGCAGACGUGCUGGCAGCCAACCGCCGGGACCAGACGGCGGACAACGCGGCCAACCGGUUCCGCGACGACGAGUACUACGCCAGCAAGGAGUUCCGGCUGGAGGAUAUCGAGGUGCCCGUUCUCAGCGUGGCCAACUGGGGCGGCAUCCUGCUGCACUUGCGCGGCAACGUGCUCGGGUACACGCACGCGGGCUCGCGCUUCAAGUACCUGCGCUUCAUCACAGGCCGCCACGACCUGCCCUUCUACUACCACGAAGAGGUCGAGGUCCAGAAGAGCUUCCUGAGCGCCUUCCUCAAGGGCCGCGACGCCACCGGGUGGGCGGUGCCGGGGAAGGUGGCGCCGGUGACGGUGACGCUGCGCAAGGGCAACGUCGGCGUCAACGGCGCCGAGCGCGAAAAGGCCUACGCCAAGCGGGGAGAGAGCGCGUGGCCCAUCCCGCGCACGCAGUACACCAGGUUCUAUCUCACGCCAGACAUGACCAUGGUCAGAGCCAGUCCCGCCCUAGAUGAGCCGCCGCAGCUGGCGACGUACAAGGCCCGCGGGAGCCUCGACAACCCGCAGGCGGUCCGGUUCGCUACGGGGCGCUUUGAAGAGGAGACGGAGAUCACGGGCCACAUCGUCGCGCGGCUGCAUGUGUCGCUGACGUCGAAUGAUGCUAGAAACGGCAACGACAACAGCAGCAACGGUGACGGCGACGAUACAGACACAGACACAGACAAGGACAUGGACCUGUUCCUCACUCUGCGCCACGUGGACGCGGCGGGCCACGAGAUCUUCUACACGGGCACGGCGGGCGAUGCGGUGCCGCUGUGCAAAGGCUGGCUGCGGGUGAGCCACCGCCGCGUGCACGCCGAGCACCCCAAGCACAGGCCAUGGCUUCCGCACCGCGAAUACUUGUCGACCGACGUGCUGCCGGUGCGGGCGGGCGAAGUGUACGCCGUCGACGUCGAGCUGUGGCCGACCAACGUGGUCGUCUCCCGGGGCGGCAGCAUCGUGCUCGAGGUGGCGAGUGGCGACACCCAAGGGUCGGGCAUCUUCCAGCACGAUUCCGAGACGGACCGACCACCGUCCAAGUUUGCCGGGCUGAAUCACAUCCAUUUUGGACAAGGCCUCGAGAACUAUGUUAUCUUACCCGUGAUUCCACCGAAAUAGGAUAUUCCCAUUUUUGUCGCAACGGCAUGAGUAUCAGAUCCACACGGUAUCCAUUGGCAUGACUGGGUCUACGCAUGCCUGCUUGUUAGCCAGACGAGUAAACUCUAGCCCGAGGAGCAAUAGCAUGAGCGUGAGCGUGAGCGUGCAUCAUGACGAUUGACACUGGAGACGGUGGGGUCUGGCCUCAUAUACUUCGUACCUCACUCUACGUAGAGGAGGGCUGUCGUUAACGAAGUAUACGUAUUCGUGAUUCCGUUCUUGUGAAUGAAUUGAAGUCGCAAUUGAGUUAUUGGCUGCAAAUUGCACGCGUGCCAAGCUCGCCGUUCUCCAACCUCUGAAUAACCCCGG